UAUAAUUUUUAUAAAAAUUAAAAAAGAAAUUUAAACAAAAUGGGUGGCGAAGAAGUUGCUACAGAUACCGUCUAUAUGCCACCGCGCAUUGAACUCACACGAUUUGGAGAGUACUGUCAACGGCGGGGAAUAAAUCCAAACUUGAUUAUGCUUAAAAUAACUUUGUUUGUUAUGUAUGGCGCUACCUCAUCUCUAUUACCAUAUCUGACUAUACACAUGCAAUCGAUUGGCUUGACAGUUGAGGAAAUUGCUAUUAUUUAUUUGGCGUUACCAUUCACAACGUUUUUAAGUCCACCCAUUACUGGCUUUCUUGUCGACAAGUUUGGCAAAUACAAACCAGUUGUGGUUAUGAGUCUACUAUUGAAUGCAAUUUUCCAUCAUUCAUUGCUGUUCAUACCGCAACAGGAAAUUCCUGGUGUUGUGCCGUCAGCAUUUGUAAUGCGUCAUCCAGAUAGCGGUGACAUUGAGGUAUGGUGGUCGCCGUGUCCUAGUCGCGAAUGCCCUGAGGAACCUGAGCUGGAAUUAGCGGUAAAUCAAUGUGUUGAUUACUGUCUGCUACAAGAGAAAAUAUUAUAUAGCUCGCCAUCGCCAGAGUAUCUUGAAAGGACAACGAUAACUGAAUCCACUUCAAUGCUAACCACAUCAUCAAGAGACAUAACAGAAGGAGCGACGACAAUGAUUACAACAAUGGCACACGCAGACAAUGGCGAAAUCAACUUUAAAGAUGUACUUAAUAUGUCAACAGCAACGAUGCUACUACCAACAGCAGUGACAGCAACAACAACAACACUAUCAUCAAUGCUAGGACAAACUCAACAGCCAAGUGAUUGGAAUCAAACGGUAGAUAUUGAAAAUGAUACGAUACCUAUUACGGUUAGUUGGGUACAUUCGAAUGCCAGCGAUUCAACGUAUUUUAUGCUACAAAUGCAUCCUGAUUUAGCGGAUCCCAUCGAACAGUUGGGUAUGGAAAUUGAACAAGAUGAUAACGAAACGGUUACGGAUUUCAAGCAACGUUUUGGUGAACGUCGCCUUUGGGACAUGCAAAUCAAUGUUACCGAUUUAGAGGAAUUGGAUUUACGUUGCGGUGGCAUUGCUAGACGGCAUAAUAUGUCACGUCUCUCUAAUGAGACUGUCACCUGCAUGGUACAACGUUGUGAAUUUACACUUAAUGCACCGGAAAUAUGUCCGCCCGACUAUAAAGAGACCGAUGACACCAUCUUUUGGAUUUAUUUUCUGCUGCGGUUUUUGGCGACCACGAUGCUGUCAGCCGGUGUCACGAUAAUGGACCCGAUUGCCUUGACAAUGAUUGAAAAGUACGGCGGCGAUUUUGGGCGCGAACGUCUCUUCUCUAGCAUUGGUAUGGCAAUCUUUUCGCCUAUUACCGGUAUCAUGAUUGAUUAUUUUUCACGUGGUCUUGGCUACACUGACUAUUCGGCCGCCUUCUAUACAUACGAUGUGCUGUUGGUUAUUUCUACAGUGUCGGUGUUAAUGAUGCCGUUGGGCGAAAAGUUGCCCGCUGAUAAUGUCUUUAGAGAUUUAUGGAAUUUAUUAAAAAUGCCGCAUGUGAUAACAUUCAUUUUCUUUUUAUUUAUUCUGGGCAACUUCUGGGGUUUCAUUGAGAGUUUUCUAUUUCUUUAUCUUAAGGAAUUGGGUGCACCGAAUUAUUUAUUAGGCAUCACAAUAACCGUGGGUACAGUAAGCAGUAUACCAUUCCUUUAUGGUGCUGAGAAAAUUACCAAAAUCUUCGGUCAUGUGAAUUUGAUUAUUAUUGCCUUCUUUUCUCAUGCCGGUCGUUUGGUGGGCUAUUCGUUUAUUGAAAAUGCCUGGUGGUGUUUCCCCUUUGAGGCUAUGGAGGCUUUGUCCUGCCACUUAAUGUGGGUGGCUGCCGCCACUUACUGCUCAAUUUUAGCUCCAAAAAGCCUUUUAGCUACAUUGAUCGGCGUCCUGGGUAUGGCACACUUUAGCUUGGGACGUGGUAGCGGUUCCUUUUUUGGAGGCCUACUAAUUGGUCAAUUCGGUACAAGAGACGCGUUUCGUUAUAUGGGUUUACUGGCGGUAGUAGGCGGUAUAGCUUAUGGAAUUUUACACUUGGUGUGGCUGCGAAAAUUCGAUCAUAAUAUGGAAGAAUCCGAAGAUGAGGGUGAAGGAGUGGAAACAGGUGAAACGGAUAAACUUACUGAACCCGCCACUAAAGAGCAAGGGACUUCAAUGUCAUUGGAGCGUUUAAGUCUAAUGAUAAAAUACAAUCAAAUAGGUAGUCUUACGUCAUUGCCUAGAGGUUCAAGGGGUGAUAUACAUGAUCAUUUAUCUAUACGACGUAGUAGUUACAACGUUGAAUCAAUACGUGUGCCUAAGCAUGGCAUUGGCAGUGCCUCAAAGGUUGACAUUCUACGUUCAGCUUUGGAAAUCAAUCACAAAUCCUCAAAUAAUUCUGUGCUGAGCAAGGCUGACAAUCGUACAUCAAAUCAAUCAUUGGGACGUAAUCGUGCCGACAGCGCACCUAAACUCAAUCAUACAACAAUGAAAAAUAUCUCACAACCAGCGUUGGAAGCUGUUGUGUUAGAGGGUGUUGAAUCAACAUUUUUCCCAAGUCGUUUGAAAAAAUAUCCAAGUGGCUUAUUGACAUCUAUACCGGCAGUUGAUUUGUCUGUCAUACCCAGUUCGCUGUUAAUGGACAAGGAUCAGAUACGCAUACCGGAGGAAACUGAACUUAAUUCAAAAACUGCAUUGUCAAGCACAAGUGGCGUUGAUAACAGUCACAAUAAUGGCACCGAUAAUGUGGAAGAUAAUAGUCAAUCCGCUCAAACGGCCAAUGGCAAAAGCAUAGCGGAUGAGCGAAAUACCAAAGAUGAUGCCACUUGAUUAACUUGCUUAAAUAUCAUUAAGUACUACAA